UGGAGGUGGCAGGUGUCCUGUGGAAUUAGUUGAGGUGCGCGCACAAGCUGGCCUGGACACCGCGAUUAUCAAAAGAAAAUUUGGUAUAUGAGGUCGCAGGUUCAAAUCUCAGUAGAAACGAAAAAUAAUAGUUGAUUCUUCCCAUUUGUCCUAGCUUUGGGGGAUAGAGUUACCUGUUGCUGGUGGGUUGCUGGGUUGCUGGGUUGCUGGUGGGAGGUGGCUGUUAUCUCGUGGAAUUAGUUGAAGUGUGCACAAGCUGUCCUGGACACCACAGUUAUCAAAAAAAUUGUUGGCGUCUAAGAUGUCGGAUUACCCUGUGCUUGAUAAUCUUCCCAUUAAUAAAUGGAAGGUAGCAGAAUUAAGGGAAGAGCUUAAGAGGAGGAACUUAACAACAAAAGGUCUAAAGGAUGAGCUGGUUAGGCGAUUAAAUGAAGCUAUAUGCAAAGAAAUGGAAGUUGCUGAAUUUAAAGAGCAUAAGGAUGAUGAUCGUGACAUUGAUCCUGCCAGUGGUGUUGAAGAUACUGAACCAGAGCCUGAUCCUGUUAAAUUAGCCGAUGAUGUUCUGGAGCAUCCCCAGGAUGAAUUUGAUGAUAUUAAUGGUGAUGUUGCUAGGGCCAGCACCAAGAUUUGUCUUGUUGAAAUAGACCAGAACAAAGUUUCUGAUGAGGUUGCAACUGGAGGUACUGGUGAUGCUUCUGGAGAAAGAAAAAAUUCAGAGGCUCCUGUUGGUAACACUAGUGUUAUAAAUGAUAUUAAGUCUACUGAUCAAUUUGUUGAAGACAAAACCGAUAUGGAACAAGAGGUUUUUGAUUCUUCUCAGAAUAAUGAUGUUGUCGAUAGGGUAUCUGGAAUUAAGGAUGUUGGUAUUCAGGACAGUAGCACUGGACAGGAUGCUGUGGAUAUGAAAGACUCAUCUUCUGGGGGAGUGCUUGAGAACAAUCUUUGGAGACAAGAAAAUGAUGUGGAGGUAACCCCAGUAACAUCCAAGGAAGCCUUGGAAAACAGUAACAUUAAGUUGGAGAAUGAGGGCCUGAAACUCUCAGGCAUGGAUGCUGAGUCUGAUAUGUCCAAUCCAGGCACUCAGGUAUACGAGGUCAACCCUGAUUUAGGGUCUCAAAUAAAAUCUGACUCAUUUUCUACCAUUAAUGAAAAUAAAAAUUUAAAUGAUAAUUUGAAUGCUGAUAAUGUUAAAUUAGUAACUGAAGUUGUUAGGCAAGAGAUGGAGCUGCAGUCAUCCAGCAAAGACCUGUCAGAUGUUGGUGGCAUUCAUCCAUUGGAUGAUCAGACGCCACAUGAGAUGCAUGGUCUUGUUGGAGAAACUGAUAAUGACAGAUCUUCAGAGGUGAAAUUUAGCAUGAAACAUGCCAAUGCAGAUCAGGUUUCUGUUGCUGCAACCAUGGUAGAGCAUGGGUUGGAAAGUAACACUUCGUAUAACAGUGAGCAAAAAGAUGUACAGUUUAAAAAAGCUAGAACUUUAGGUGAUGUUAUAGAUCCUGGUUCGUCAUCCAAGAAAAUCGAGACAUCUGCUGAAGAUAAACAUUGUAUUGCUGCUUCCAUUGAUGAUAGAAAAGUUUUGAGCAAGAUAUCUGAUGUUGUGGAUGGUGAGAAUAUGGAAAAGAUAAAAUUGGAUCAAUCUUCAGCUGACGAUUCAAUGGAGGAGGAUGUAGUAGAGACAAAGCAUGUGGAUUUUGAUCAUAUUUUUAAGGAGGGGAAUGAUAAGGCUGAAGAGCGUCUUACGGGAAUGACGGAAGAGCCCAAAGUUCUACGGAAUGGUUCUUCUGAUGCAAUGCAGCUAGACAAUCCUUCUGAGAAGGUUGAGUCUCCUCAAGAAACUAAAGAUAGGUUUCCUGUAUUGUCAGAGAAGAGAAAGUUUCAAGAUGUAGUAGGAGGAGGGAGUAAAGAGCCUGCGAAAAGGCAGCGCAGUCGUAACACUGAGAUUUUGAGGACUGCUGAGCCACAAAAUUCAAGUAUUGCUUUAUCAGAAAACGUAGAGGAGACCGCCCUUAUCAAGCCUGUCCUUGGCAGGACUGACUCUACAGUUAGUGAGGAUGCACCCAAGGAGCGUGUUGUACCAAAGUCUUCCAAAGCAGCCACUAAUUCUCUCAAAAUCGAGAACUUCGUGCGGCCCUUUACGCUGAAAGCUGUGCAAGAGCUCCUUGCAAGAACUGGUGAAGUCUGCAGUUUCUGGAUGGACCAGAUAAAGACCCAUUGCUACGUCACGUAUUCUUCGGUAGAGGAAGCCAUCGAGACCCGAAAUGCUGUUUACAACCUCCAAUGGCCACCAAAAGGAGGUCGUCUCCUGGUUACAGAUUUUGUUGAUCCCCAACAGGUGCAAACAAGGAUGCAUGGACGGGAGCCUCCUACUCCAGCAACAAAUCCCAGUCCUUCAGUACCUCCAGCUUCAUCCUCAGUUCAAGCACCACUUGCUCGGCUACAGGGUCGCAAACAACAAGUUGAGUCGGAACAUCCACUCACGCGCCCGCCACCACCUGCUCCUCCGACCGCCCCACCAACAAAAGAGAGGCUGGCUCCACCUGUUGCUGAUAAAAAUGAUCCCCCUGUUAUUACUCUGGAUGACCUAUUCAGAAAGACUAAAGCCGCUCCCCGUAUCUAUUAUUUGCCGCUGACAGAUGAGGAAGUUGCUAAAAAGCUUGCCAGUAGAGGAGAUGCUAAGAACUAGAGCUUUAAGUGAACAAAGGGCCUGUUUGUAGAUGGAUUAUGGAGUGGUGUUUUGAUGUAAUGCUGAUACUAGUUUGCCCUCACAGAAAAGUUGCAGUCGUGAGGCUAGGCUUACUGAGACCUUGCUUUCUUUUCUAUUUUCCUUUCGUUAAUGGUUCCUGCAGGGUUGAAGCCUCUACUGUAUUUUGCUUUUGGGUUGAAGCAACGUAACAAAAUGUGCAGAUUAUGCAGAGUCUUGUGUGAGGGUCUGCCUUCAUGGGGAUCUCUCAACGCUUGGUAGCUGUAAAUGCCAUUUACCACCUCUUCGUUUUCUUCUUCAGUGUAAAAUUUUAAGAAAAGGAAGAGACACAUUGAUCAUGGAACCCAAUUGCUGUUUGAGUUUUCAGGCCUUCUUAAAAUUUUAAAUCAAGAGAUCUUUUUACCAUGUGAAAUAUUAUAUACUCCCAGAACCACCCUCAAAUUUUAAGCCAGUUUGGGCUCGUCUGUAUGUAUGUUUGCCAUCCUUUUUAUUGGACUCGUUUCAUUCAAAUAUUCAAUAUUUAAUUUAA